GAGUUGGUACCCUUUGCCGUCCCCACCGAGGGGGACAAAACUCUGGUGGUGUGGGAGUUGAGCUCUGGGCCGACGGCCGAAGACUUGCAGGUGUGCCGGGGCCAAGGUGAAGGGAGGGAUGAGGAAAGCCGCCCACCUGGUGACUGACUGGGUCCCAAGGUCUCGCGUCCCCCGUCCCCCCUCGCCCGUCCUGAAUUGCUACCUCCCUCAUUUGAAUGCAGAGGUACAGGAUUGUGCGUCCUCUGGAGCAGACCCCACCUGCCCACCCCCACCGAUGGUAUCACCUCCGGGGCACGUUGCCUUGUAACGCGCUUCAGAGUUGGGGCGCAUGCAGGCACUGAGAAGUGUUUCGAGCCGCUCCCUGAGGAGGGGUCGACGGGGCUGGGGAAUUCCCGGGGGCUGCCGCACUCACCUGCGUGGGCGCUCCCCACAGCGGUCUCUGUUCAGAGUCUUCUCCCGGUGUGGCCCUCUGUAUUCGGUCCGCGUCUUCCCGCACGCUGCGGUGGCCCGGCCUGGCUUCUACGCCAUCGUCAAGUUUUAUUCCGCCGGGGAUGCUCGCAGAGCGCAAAGGGCCUGCGACCGGAAGCAGCUUUUCCAGAAUUCUCCGGUGAAGGUUCAUCUUGGCACCAAACAUAAGGCAGUUCCCCAUCGGGCCCUGGCCCUAAACAGCUCUCGAUGCCAAGAACUUGCAAAUCACUACUUUGGUUUCAACGGAUGGUCAACAAGGAUCAUCAAGCUUCAGAAUCUUUCUGACCCGGAAGAAGGGGAGAAUGAAGAGAGGGCCGCAGUUCAGAAGCAAAGCCUGAGGUUCUUCUGUGCUCUGGAGGUGGCGUUGCCAGCCUAUGCGUGCAGGAGUCCUGGAGUUGGCCUGGCAGAGGAGCCUUUGGAUAAGCAGGAAGAAGGGCCGUUAUCGAUCCUCAUGAAAAGGAAGCUGACCCAGAAGCUGGCCAUUCAGAAGGCUUUGUCCAAUGCAUUCCAGAAACUGUCGGUCGUGGUUUUAGAAAACGGUAAAAUAGCUGUGGAAUACAGACCCAGUGAGGAGGUCAUAGAUGCCCCAACCGAAGCAGAAUCGCUGCAGGACCUAAUGCAUGACGGCCGCGGGGAGGAAGACUGUCCGCAUCUCGGUGUGGAGGACGCCGCGCUACGGCUGCCAGACACGGGCUAGCACUUGGGGCUGAGGGGGGCUGCUGGAGCCGGAGCCCGAGGACGCACAUCCCUAAUCCUGCCUGGUGGGGGGACAUGGAAUCUGUCACUUGGCCAGGGCCCCAGUGGUUCGAGGAAAAAGGCUAGUGGCCAUCGUGGCCUGGGCAGGUUCUCUGAGUUAAUAAAGGU